AUGAGGCAACUGUAUUGUAUUUUCCUGUAUGUAUUUCCAACGUUUAUCGUUUUAUGUACAGAGUAUUAUUAA